AUGGCUAUUCCCAAUCAAGCUUUGCAAAAUCUCCUGCAAGAAAUUGAGACUCAAGCCGUUCAGGCGCAACAACAGUUAAAUGUGGUUAAAUCUCAGAUUAACAUGAAGCAACGUGAGGUUCGCAUGCUUGAUCUCACAGCAACCGAGGUCUCCCAGCUACCUAGCAACACUAAAGUUUAUGAAGGCGUCGGAAAAAUGUUCGUCUUCAGCCCGAUGUCCGAUGUAGAAAAAAGAUUGCAGACGGAACAGUCCCAGAUACAAGGUGAACUGGUCGGCCUCGGGAAGAAACUUCAGUAUCUUGAAACUACAUACAAGAAUAGUCGAGAGCACAUCGAUCAAAUUUUUAAGAAUGGUGGUGGCAGAACUUGA